AUGGCAACGGGGCCCGGCGGAGGUCCCAGCGGCGGGACGGAGUCCCCCGAAGUUGGCCCCCCGGGAUUCCUGGUGUUCUCCGGCUCCUCGGAACUGGACGCCAACUGGGCGAAGCAGUUCUGGACCUCGGCGUCGAUGUACCCCGCCGGCGAAUCCCAGCUGGUGCUGUGCCGAGGCAGCAGCCAGCGGCUGCCCGUGGCGCGGCCCUCCAGGGCCAGGGAGCCCGAGAAAAGUCACACCCAGCCGUUUCUCCUUGAGAGUAACAAGAAUAGAGACAUCUUUGCUGAAGCCCUGAAGACCCGGGAAUCGGAAGAGAAAGAAAAGUAUCUCCAAAAGGCUAAAACGAGAGAAGAGAUUCUCCAACUCUUAAGAAAACAAAGAGAAGAAAGAAUCUCGAAAGAACUGAUUUCCCUUCCUUAUAAACCGAAGGCCAAAGUAUACAAAGCAAAGGUGGAGAUAUCAGAGUCAGAUAAAGCAGACCAAGAAGAAGUCAAAGCCUUGGACUAAUUUGCUUGAUACAUGGUAGAGGACGGCUUACUUAUGUCUUCACUUUUGAAAUAGUCUACAUUUGCAUCAGGAUAAUUGAGAUCACUGACAAUGUUAAAAUAGAUAACAAAAUACAAAUUAAAUAUGCAGGUUUCCAAGAAUUUUACCAGUUAUUG